AUGAGUAAGAAGGCCAAAGACAGGGAUAUGUGUGUUCUGCAAAGUUCUCCACCCUGUCCAGGAGCAUUGCUGUGUAUGCUUAAUUGUUUUCUUUUGUUGCUGCUCCAGAAGGAGGCUUUUGGCUGUCCCUCUGCUUGCCAGCUCUGCACAGGGAGGCAGGUUAGCUGUCGUAACGCGGGGCUCUCGAGCAUCCCUCGGAACUUUCCAAAAUCCGCAGUUCUUGUGUACCUCAGUGGAAAUAAUAUCUCACGUGUCACUCCAAACGAACUAAGAGGCCUUCAGAAUCUCGCUGCACUCUACAUGGAUAACUCCAGUGUUUUGUAUGUACACCCAAAAGCUUUUGUGGAGCUCCCCAGACUGUGUUACUUGCAUCUAAAUAACAAUAAUAUUAAACGCCUGGAUCCAGGGAUCUUUGAAGGUCUCUCCAAUCUUCGUUGUUUGUACCUUCAGAGUAAUCAAAUAGCUUUUGUUCCCAGAGGAUUAUUUAGUGAUCUCCUUUCUGUUAGACACUUAACGCUUCAAAGAAAUCGUCUCAGUGUCCUUGGGAGUGGGACUUUCUUGGGAAUGAGAAGUCUCCAAGCACUAAACCUAGGCAAUAAUAAGAUUUCACGGAUAUCAGAUUCGGCAUUUCAUCAUCUUGAAAACCUUGCAUAUUUGUUUCUCGAAGGUAACAACUUAACACUUGUGCCAUCGAAUGCUCUUGGAAGGCUCCAAAAUCUUGAAAGACUUUCUUUGUCUCACAAUCCCAUUGGAUCAAUACAACCUUUUGCAUUUAAAGGACUUAACAAGCUUAGGUAUCUGUCUUUAAGAAACGUCAAGCUAAAAUGCAUUGCUGUAAAUGGAUUUUUUGGAUUAAACAACCUUACCCAGUUAAUCUUAAGUUAUAAUGAUUUAGAAAAUAUUAAUUCCAGCACUUUUAAUUUAUUAAACAAUUUAAUGUAUCUGCAGCUAGACAGAAAUAAAAUAGCCAGCAUUGGCGAUGGUACCUUUGAAAAAAUGGGACAGUCACUUAAAAUACUCAGUUUAGCAUUUAAUAAUAUUACAGAGUUACAACCUGAAGUGCUCAAGCCCUUAGUAUCUUUAACUCAUCUACAGGUAAACUCUAAUCCUUGGAACUGCAGCUGCAAAAUGCUUGGGCUACUUAACUGGCUGGCAUCAUCUCCUGUUUCUGUAAGGAUUGACUGUCAGAAUCCCCAGAGUAUGCGUGGUAGACCUUUGCAUUACAUUAAGUGGACUCAGUUUGCAGACUGCAUUAGCCCCACUGCCAGCCCAGACACUGCCUGGGGUCUGGGAUCCAUCGGUGUCCGUCGCAGUGCUACCACUCUGCUGAUGGCAUGGCAUAAGGGAAACAGGCACAACACACUUGAGCAGUUUGUCAAAGCAGAAACUAAGGAUGUUGCUCUAUGGGGAGAAACUACAGCUACAUCUGCUACCCCACUGCCCUAUGCAGAAAAUGCUGUUGAAAUUCCAUCACAGAUAACUACACACUUAACAACAUUACCAGUGCAAAUAUCAGCACAGAUUAUACCUACUAACAGAACCGUACAAGAAGAAGAUUUGUCUCCAACAGGUGCUGCUCCUGUGUCAUUAAAAACAUCUCUGAUUUGUACACAGCAAGUUGAAAAGCUGAACCAGGCUUUUGACAUUUUACUAGCCUUCUUCAUUCUGGCUUGUGCUGUGAUCCUGUUCUUAACCUGUAAAGUUAUCCAGUUUAGGCAGAAACUAAAAGUGCUGGAAAACUCAGGGGAAAAGAGAAUAGAGUAUUAUGGCUUUUAUCAGCCUGGCAGAUACAACAUAGCUGACCCAGUGCAGUCUCUAACUCGGAAAGCAGUGGGGCACCCAGAACUGGACCAAAUUAGGCUGCUCAAGCGAACUGCAUCAGAAAGUCAGGCACAGGUCAUACUGUUUGAACAUUCAUCACUGUGA